AUGAAGUCCGGUCAAAUAGUCCACGCCAUAUUGAGAACGCUACAGUGUGAUCAAAGACUUCCUGGUUGUGCCAAAUGCGACAAAUAUGGGCAACCUUGCCCUGGAUAUGACCGAGGCUUCAAGUUUAUUGCUGGAAAGCCAUAUCGGGACCGGCGGCAACCUAAUUCCAGGAACGACAAAAAGGAUGGAACACGUUCUAAGACUGUAACCUCGUAUUCUAACAUUGAUCUUGAGCCGACCUGCCAGACUCUGGCCAAGAGAGAGAAACCAUCUUCUCUCAUUUCUGUGGAUAUGAACGUUGUGCAACAUCUUUGUGUUCUCAUUGAUGACUUCUCUCAACCAUACACCCCCAGCCCAACACAUGUUGUGGUUAGAUGGUUUGGGUUUCUUCCCUCCAUUUAUGGCCAAAAUCGGGUAUUGGAUGCCACCAUAAGGUCUUUCACGGCACAUCAUUUUGGGCGCACUACUAAAAAUACCCAAAUGGUGUCGUACGCCCGAUCAGCUUAUGGAGAAGCGUUGCGUGGGCUCCGGAAAUCGCUGGAAACUCCUGCGCAAGGUCUAUCUUCCCAUAUAUUUUGUGCUGUAGUACUGCUAUGCAUGUAUGAGGUAAAUAAUUUCCACUCCGAAAUCGUUCAUUUGUCAGUGACUGACCAUAUGCAGCUUUUCACAGAUACUGAGACCCCAGAAUCGUGGAUGAAGCAUGCCAGAGGGCUCAGCCAGCUGGUACGGAUUCGAGGGCCAGAUAGGUACAACGCUGAGCUUGACAUAACGUUACUCAAGGCUGCCAGAGGGUUGAUUGUGAUGCACUCAAUGUUCUCCGGUGAAGAGUGCUUUUUAGCCUCGGAUGAGUGGCAUGAUACGAUGCGACCGCAAUACACAUCAGACUUUCCCACAGAAGUGCACAACAACAUCGAACUGUUCUUUGCAUACUUCACAUAUGCUCCGAGUCUUGUGCAUAAGCUCUAUGCUUUAAUACAAGUCGACGCCAUCAGUGCUGAAGCCCUACAAACAGUCUCCGAGGUCCUGUGCGAAGCCCUCGAGAUGCAGAUGAAACUGGCUAGAUGGUAUGAGCGAUUUUCUCAAAUCGUACCACCGCCAACCGAAACACUCUCCUCGACCGGGGAUGAGCUAUAUCCGAUUAUCCUCACAUAUACAGACGUGAGCUACGCAACGAUCUACUGCGGUUACUACUCCUACAUGGUACUCAUUCAUGAAAUUUUGAAAACCUGUGGCUACCCCGGUGAGCAUGAAGCCAUGGUUACCUAUUUCAGAGAUCAAAUAUGCAAGUCAGUCGAAUACAACAGUGUGGGAGUAAUGGGCCCAUACCGAAUGGCGUUUCCUCUCCACGUGGCAUUCGAAGUUGCGGAUCCGGUGACAAGAUCUUGGAUCUUGAACCGCCUUGAACAAUUUUCAAAUAUCUACGCAGCCGCUCAGCGAAAGAACCAUCAGACUGUCUUGUGA